UGGGCGUCUGUAACACCGAGAUACGGAAGCGUAGAAGAAGAAUAUCCCUCUUCCCCAAACACGCGAGAAUGACAUUGAAAUAUGUUUUUACUGUUUAAGCUGGUUCAUCUCAGCUCAUGUACAAUUAAAGUUAGUUCUUCAGCCUGUGAAACACGCUACAACACUCAGGUGUAACGCGAAGCAAAGAAUGGCUUUUCCCUGUGUGCCGCUGUGCACUCGCCACCUGACCAGGGGGCUUCAAAUCUGUGGUUACUCGACACUCAGCAAAGCAUCCAGACCCCAGGAGAAAAACAGCAGUGGUCCAGUGUUUCAGUAUGUUGGCCAGCACAGAAAGCCCAACCACAAAGUGUUUGUGUGGGGCUUUAGCUUCACCGGCGCUCUGGGUAUCCCCAGCUUUGUUGUGCCGGACAGUGGCAGGAAGAAGCCUCGCAAAUACCAGCUCACUCCUUACCGCCUGGAGACGGCAGAGAAGAUCUCUUCUGCUGCUUGUGGCUACGGUUUCACUCUCAUCGCCUCCUCCACCAAAGAUGUGUCCAAGCUGUGGGGCAUGGGCCUGAACAAGGAUUCUCAGCUGGGCUUCCAACGCACCCAGCACAGCCGGCAUAAGAGUUAUGACUACGUCCUGGAGCCGUCUCCAGUGGCUCUGCCUCUCGUCCAGCCUCUGCAGACCAGAGUGGUUCAGGUUGCAUGUGGCCGUGCUCACUCCCUGAUCCUCACUGAUCAGGAGGGAGUUUUCAGUAUGGGCAACAACGCCUAUGGCCAGUGUGGGAGACAGAUCGUUGAAGAUGAAGUCUACAGUGGCAGUCACAUCAUUCACAGGAUAGAGGGCUUCAGCAGCAGGGUCAUCCAGGUGGCGUGUGGGCAGGAUCACAGCCUUUUCCUCACCGAGACAGGGAAAGUGUUUGCGUGUGGAUGGGGCGCAGAUGGACAGACGGGUCUGGGACACCACAACAUCAGCUCCAGUCCGGUGGAGGUGGGAGGGGAUCUGGCGGGCGUGGAGGUGCAGCAGAUCAGCACGUAUGGAGACUGCAGCCUGGCCGUGUCCAGAGACGGACAGCUGUAUGGAUGGGGGAACUCUGAGUACCUGCAGCUGGCCUCGGUCACUGAAGCCACACAGAUCAACUCUCCUCGACACCUUCCUCUGAAAGGCUGUGGAAAGGUGGUUCAGGCAGCGUGUGGAGGAACGCAGGUGGCAGUUCUCAACGAUAGAGGAGAGGUGUUUGUAUGGGGAUAUGGCAUUCUUGGAAAAGGCCCAAAUCUAUCAGAAUCCUCCACCCCGGAGGUGAUUCCCUCCACUCUGUUUGGACGCUCAGAGUUCAACCCCUCAGUCGCUGUCACCAGGAUCAGGUGUGGCCUCAACCAUUUUGCUGCAAUAACAGAUCAAGGCGAGCUCUUCGUUUGGGGGAAGAAUGUGAGAGGUUGUUUGGGGAUCGGGAGCAGGGACGACCAGUUCUUCCCAUGGCGAGUGACUGUGCCAGGUCAAGUGGUGGACGUAGCGUGCGGUGUUGACCACAUGGUGGCGCUGGUGAAGUCCCUCCUGUGAGCUUCUGUCCUUCCCAGCAGUGGAUGAAAGGCUGGAUGUUUUGGCUGAGCCUCCGCCCACCACCGCCACCCCCUGCUGACCCCCGGGCGCCUCAGGGAGCCGAUCAGGGCCGCUCUGGAGUCUUAAAGCCAGCUGCUCUCCACGGGCGACGGACCCUCGUGUCCCUCCGUCCUGCGGUGACGUCAAGCAGUGAGCAGAGCAGUCGAUUCUGCAUCAAAGUGUCACUUACUCUUGCAUGAAGGUCACAAUGGACACACAUCUAAGGAUGGUUUUGUUACAACUACAGCUGAAACGAUUAGUCGAUUCAGCUAUUUUCCAAGGAAAACAGUGAAGAAAUGCAAAUCAUUCUGUGGUUGCAGCUUCUUCACUGAGAGAAUUUGCAGUUUUUGUCUCUUAUUGCAUCGAGUCUUGGACUAAUGUUGGACAAAACAAGACAUUUGAAGACGUCACCUUGAGCUUUGGACAUGUUUCAUUGUUUACUGAUAUUAAAUAGACUAAACUGCAGAUUGAAUGAUUAAAAAAAAUAAUCAUUAUCAUUUAUAUCGGUUAUGUUAAUGUAGUGCUCACCAAGUUAACUGCUGAGGUCUGGGAACUAAAACUGAAAGCUAUGAAAACAAGACCAAAGCUGUGUUAAACUGGACCGGCUUCCCACCAGAAAACAUAGUCUCCUUUCAGUUAGUUAAUUCUAUAAAAUUAUGUUUUGACUCCUCUGACUUGUUGGUGAUUUGCCACUGCACAAAAAUAUUUUCUGUGAGAGAAAUGUGCUCAGUGAAUGAAGUGAUUCACUGUGGGAAUCAUCGAACUCUAGUGGUUUGGGAUUAUCUCAAAACAAUAUGUUGCGGCACUUAAAAUCUCUGCAGGCCCAUGAAAUGUUUGUGCAACAUUUGUACCGUUUGAAAAGCCGGUGACAGCAAAACAAUCCACAACAAAUGAUUAUCUCCCUGCCGACUGCAAAUAGAGGUGAAGGCACUCUGCCAGGGAGAAAACAGGUUUUGAAGAAUCAGUUUUACAACAUGAACUCAUGUGUCAUCAGCGGUGUGCGUUUGUUGUGCGUAUAACAGGCAUGCACUACUCAGGAGUGCGAGCCUGUUAUAUGCACAACAAACCAAAACAAGCUACAAGCAUGGCAUCCUGAUGGCUGCCCUGACAUUUACUGCCACAUGAAUCAAAUGCAUCAGCAGAACAGUGACUUGAGGCUGUUGUAAAAGGAAACAUGAUGAAAAAAACUAACAACAAGGAGACAGGGUUUUUAAUUUGUUUAGUGUCACAUCUAGUUUGGAUGUAUUUAGAAGGAUUAACUCGCUUUUUCCCACAGUGUUACUUUAAUGCCACGAAAUUCAUUCUAUGAAACAGAGAAUAUGCAAUAUCAAAAUAAAUCUACUUUUAUUUACCACA